AUGCGUUGGCCACUAGUGUUUAUUCUGUUGUCAUUUAUUGUUGCCGCAACAAUCGCCUCCGAUGAUAAAAUUGACAACGAGAUUGAUGUCGAUGAAGAUGAACUUCUCUAUAAAAAAUCUGAAGAUCAAGAACAAGUUGAGGAAGAAAUCACUGGAGAUAAUGAUGAUGUUGAUUUAAAAUCUAAUGAUGGUAAUAUCAAUUACGAGGGACAUAAUUUCGAUGAUGACCAAGAAGAUGAUGAACGUGAUGCUGUGAUCGUUGAAGCUGAGUGGAAGGCUGCUGAAACUAAUGAUGAUUUUAGAGAAAUUAAACUGGAAGAAGCUUAUGAGCGUGCUGUGCAAAGUUAUUUGGAUGAUAAUUAUGAAAAAUGUAUAGUGGAAUUUAAUCUUGUUAUUCAAAGAUAUAAAGAGUACAAAAACGCGGUAAUUAAUUGCCGGAAAAAAUGUCGGGACAGUGUAUCGUACUUUACACCAAUAUUUUUUGAAAACAUUGAAGAUUUGCAUUUCUACGAAAAAAAAGUCAGAGAAACGCUCUGUCUUUUGAGAUGCAAUCAGGAUUAUCGGGAUGUAGCAGGAAGUCAGGCUCUCAAACGUUUGCCGGCGAGUAUUGAGCAGAAGAUAAUUGACUUGAAGCCAUAUGAGUAUCUUCAUAUUUGUUAUUAUCAGAGAAGCCGCUACCAGGAAGCAGCGAACGCAGUUUUUACUUAUCUAGCUCAGCAUGCAGAUCAUAAAAUGAGUAUAGACAAUCUUCGAUAUUAUUUAUCGCUUCCUGAAGUUAAAGAAACUGAAGUUUCAAAUCUUGAAGCUGCAGAGUUUAUAAAAUUUUACGUCGAAGGAGUGAAAGCUUACGAGGAAGAAUACUUUGAAGAAGCGAUAGAAAAUCUUGAAAAAUCGCUAAGAUUUUACUUGAAGGCCGAAGAAGAUUGCAGGAUAAAUGGAGAUUAUCAAAAAGAUUUACUAGCAAGUCACUAUAACUACUUGCAAUUCGCCUAUUACAAAACGGGCAACAUUAAAAAAACUUGUCAAGCAGUAGAAAGUUAUUUAUUAUUCUUCCCAGCAGAUGAAACUAUGAAUUACAACAAGGAAUAUUACAAAAAUUUGCCUAAAGUUCAAGAAGAAUAUUUUGAACCACGUCCAGAAGCUUUUGAGUAUGUUAAGCGCCAAGAAUAUGAAUUAAGAAUUCUUUCAUUUAUCUCUCAAGAAUUUUCAGCAAUCGACAUUAAACUGAACGAAAAAAAAAAAGACAAAAAGCAAGAAGAGGAGAAGUUGAUGGACCACCCGCCUCCGGGUCACUCACCUGCAGUACAAGCGAUAAUUAACAAUCAGUCUUUACUGUACGAGCGAGAAGAAACUGCAAGGCGGGAAUCACAAAUUUUAGAUUCGUUAGAAAACGUUAGAGUUGUUUUUAAUGAAAAAGAACUUAAUGGAACAUUUCGUUAUCUAGCUGAUGGAUUUGUCACUAAAUUGCAGUGUAAUUUACUUAUAAAAUUAGCUCAGAUGGCUGCAGUUGUAGGCGAUGGAUAUGAAAAUAAUAAAAGCCCGCAUUCAAAGUACGAACUCUUUGAAGGGCUUACUGUCGGAAGAGCAGCUUUGAUGGUUUACUUCGGUCUGUUGACUCCAGACUACUUAGAAUUAUUCCUAAAGUCAUCAGAAAAAGCUCGCAGUCAUGUGGAAAGGUAUUUCAAUCUUCACCAACACCUGUACUUUACUUACACUCACCUGGUCUGCCGUUCAGCUCUCCCCGGUUCGCCAGUGAACCAGCAAGUAUUCAGCCACGAUAUCCACGCAGACAACUGCCUGGCGAUUAAAGAAGGCGUCUGUCUGCACGAGAGUCCUGCAUACACCUGGCGAGAUUACUCUGCAAUCGUUUACCUGAACGACGACUUUGAAGGCGGAGAAUUUAUCUUCGCAGCGGAUCCCAAGGCAAUGAACAUUCAGAGUGUCGUUGAUCCGUACUGCGGGCGCAUGGUAGCGUUUUCUGGAGACGAGAAAAAUUUACAUGGCGUGAAAGGGGUUCACAGAGGCCAGAGAUGCGCUCUUGCUCUUUGGUUCACGCUAGAUAAGAGGUACGACGAGCUGGAGAGGAAACUAGCUUGGAUUAUUUUGGACAGAGUUAAAUUGAAAGGUCCUGUGAGUGAUGGUGUUCAAAAUAUGAGUAUUCCUCUGAAUUAUGAUAAUUUACUCAGCAAACGAUUUAAAGAAGAUGAUUUGUUGAAACUUUUAUUACAAAUUUCUAGACAUUAAGUCUUGUACUUCUUCUUUUUUGCAGUA